AUGGUUCGCGUCAAACAGCGCUACCUCCUCUUCACAAUCCUCUACCCAUCAGGCCCUCAAUCCACUAGCAACAAUACCACAUCCUCAAAACCCACCCAAUCCAUGACAUUCCACUCUCCCUCCCCCCAAAACCUCACCAGAACAACCUUAGCUUCCAUAAUCCGUUCUUCGAUAUCAACCAACUUCGGCGACUGGGGUAUAGGACAAUGUGGUAGUUUUGCCGUAAAAUAUUUCUCUUCGGCAACAUCAACGGGGAUACUUCGUAUCACACGCGAUAAUUAUCGUACUUUAUGGGCGGCAUUAACAUACAUACGCGAAUUAUGUGGCCAACCGGCUGUCAUCAAAGUCGUAAGGAUAUCUGGAACCAUUCGAAAGGCCGAGCUUGAGGCUGUAAAACUGGCAGAAGAUGCAAUAAGGAGGGUCAAGAAGGAGGCUAAAGGCGCAAAAACUGGUGCCAGUGCCGGCGGUACUAAUGCUGGUGACAAGAAAGGUGUGGCUGGGCUAUUUGGUGGUGGGAAGCUAGGGCAACCAGCAACUACAGUUGAUGAGGAGCAGGAUCAAAUGUUGGUUGAUAUUGUGGACAGCGAUGACGGUGAUGACGACUAG